AUUUAACUUUCACCUUUACAAUUUAUCAUUUAUCUCUUUACAAUCGGAAGCUGAAUGAUCAUAUGAAAGUUGAUUAAAUAUUUACUUUAAUUGGCAUAAUAAAGAUUAACAAUUCUAAUCAUUUAUCAUCGGAAUUUGAUCAGCCAAAACUCUCAUCAUUCUGCUGUACAAGAGAAACACCCUUAAUAUGAUCAUAUGGAAAAGCUUUCGGUUGUAAUAUUAGUUGAUUUCAUUUGCUCUUUUUUCAAUUCUAAGAGUUUUAAUUAUGUGAUCGAUAAAAAAUAUCUCCAAGUUGAUAAGUUGAUGGAUCAAAUUUAGUGUGUCAAUCGUUUAGUGUCCUUUAUUAUGAUUCGAAAGCGAUCAUCAUCGAUCGACGAAUCGAUUGUCAUUGAUUUACCACCGACAUCAUUGCCUAAACCAUGUAUUCCUUUCAGGUACUUUGUCAUGUUCAUGAUUUUCUCAUGCACAAUGAUUGGGUAUUCAGUUAAAUCAGUUAUAAAUGUCGCCAUUCUUGCAAUGGUUGAUAAUUCAAACGAAACGUCGGAUUCAUUGGUCGCGAGACAUUGGCUGGGCAAAUUUAGAUCCUCUGGUCAAUUCGAGCAAUCUCAAACAUUCAACUGGAAUCAAUAUGAUCAAGCUUUGGUCCUCGGUGGGUACUUUUAUACCUUCACUGCCUCGCAACUUAUUGGUGGCGUUAUAACGGAUAAGUCAAAUAUCGUCAUUCUAAUGAGUUUAACACAAGCAUUUGCAGCAAUUUGUACUCUUGCAAGUCCGAUUGCUGCUUCAAUUAGUAUCUAUUGUUUAAUUGCCGUCAGAGCUUUGACUGGUUUGGCUCAUGGUGUCAUGUUACCUUCGUGCUUCAAUCGCGAGCACUGGUUCCGUGAAAUAUCGUUAGUUCAAAGUUUAAUUGCAGUUGGCUGUAAUUCUGGUACAGCAAUUACCUUAACAUUAACUGCCUGGUUGUGUCAAUCUAACCUUUGGGGUGGUUGGCCCUCUGCAUUUAUCAUCAUUGGAAUUGUCAAUUUAGGUUAUGCGGUCAUUUUUUACUUGACCAUGUCAAAUGAUCCACAAUCAAGUCGUUUAACAAGCAAAUGGGAAAAAUCAUAUCUUUCCAAAGUAGUUGUAAACAAAGUGACGACGAAAAAGCUUAAAACCCCAUGGAUUUCAUUGUUCACUUCUCUACCUCUAUGGUCCAUUUUUUGGGUUCGAGGAUUAAGUGGAUUAGCUUAUUAUACAAUUAACACUAAAAUUCCAGUUUAUCUUGAGCAAAUACUUCAUUAUGAUAUCACUAACAAUGGAUUAAUCAAUUCAUCGUUCUAUGUGGUCAUUGCUCUUGCACAAUUGAUUACUGGACCAUUGGCUAAAUUAAUUAUUCUCAAAAAAUGGUUACCAAGAACUUUGACCAGAAAAAUUUUCGAAUCUUUUAUUUUACUUGGAUUAGUUAUCGGCUUAACGUUGAUCACUUAUUUGGGUGACAAACCAACACUUGCAGUUAUCACUCUAAUUGUUACAAUGUUUUUCUAUGGAUUUGAUUCUGGUGGUGAUGCUCCUAUGGUACCAGAAAUGGCUCCUAAUUUGGUUGGUACUGCGUUCGGAUUUGCUAAUACAAUGAGAUGCGCUUCGGGUUUCAUUGCACCAGCACUGAUUGGUUUUAUUAUUGGUGACGAUAUUAAAUCAGAAAGUAAAUGGUUUUUAACAUUUCACAUAAUAUCUGGUCUUCAGAUUAUUGCAUUAAUAAUUUUCCUCGUCUUUGCUACCGCUGAACCUUUACCUUGGGCUACUAUUAACUCUGAUACUGAAGAUGAGGAAGUAGAUGGUGAGACAAUUGUGAAUGCUGGAUAG